AUGAAUAUCUUCCGUUUCUUGGGUGAUUUAUCCCAUCUCGCAUCCAUUUUCAUCCUCCUUCACAAAAUCCAAACUUCCAGAUCAUGUCGAGGAAUCUCCUUCAAGACUCAGGCAUUAUACCUGACGGUAUUCCUGACGAGAUAUGUCGAUCUGUUGACUGGACCAUACGUCUCAUUGUAUAAUACGAUAAUGAAGUUGUUCUUUAUCGGUUCGACUGGUUAUACACUGUUCUUGAUGAAGGUUAAAUUUAGACCAACACACGAUGCUUCCCUUGAUACAUUCAAGCUCACCUACCUUCUCCCACCCGUUGCUAUUCUAGCUUUACUGUUCAACUACGCCUACACACCCUUCGAACUCACUUGGGCAUUCUCAAUUUGGUUGGAAUCAGUCGCGAUCCUACCUCAAUUGUUCAUGUUGCAACGUACCGGUGAAGCCGAAACUAUCACUACGCAUUAUCUCGCUGCGCUGGGUUUGUAUAGGGGUUUGUACAUCCCUAAUUGGAUGUAUAGAUACUUUACCGAAGGUGCUUUCGACCCUAUCGCAGUAGUGGCAGGAUUGAUCCAAACUGGUAUUUACGCGGAUUUCGGUUAUAUAUACGUCACCAAGGUCCUUCGUGGUCAAAAAUUCGAACUCCCCGCUUAA